AGCAUCGCCGCUGGACAAGACAAGCACCGGACGGCCUCUUUUCUUGCAAAUCACCGCGUGGCCUCGUUGUUGGCCUUGAAGCCGAGCGAUUGCCUCGUCGUCUAGGCGCACUGGCUCUGCGCCGGCAUGGGCGGCCCUACAGGGGUCUCGGCCGGUGUUAUCGCUGUGCUGCAGCUCGCGACGACCGUCACACAGUAUCUCAAGGACAUCAAGAGGGGGUCGGCCGAUAGGAUUCGCCUUCGAGACGAGCUCCGGAGCACGGUAUGCCUUGUGGAAAUGCUGCAAGACCGUUUGGAGGAUUCGGAGGCCAUCUUGGACGACUCCAGCACGCUGAAGCCACAGUCCAUCGAUUCGUUGAGCGUCUCGAACGGCCCACUGCAGCUCUUCCAGCAGGUGCUAGAGGAGAUUGUUGCCGAGCUUGCCCCUCAGGAUAAUCUAAGACGGUUGGCACAGCCGUUUACGUGGCCGUUUGAUCAGAAGAAAGUGGCGGAGCUGCUUGCGUGCCUAGAGAGAUUGAAAAGCCAUUUCAACCUUGUUUUGCAGAACAAUAUUGCGUACAUGGCUCAUACUCACUGUAUUGUAGAUUAAUACGUGCUAAUCCUGUAUUAGAGAAUUGGCGAAAUCGGCGAACCUCAAGCUUGAUAGAAUCGCCGAUAACGUAGAAGGCUCAGAAGCAAGAUCUCGAGAUGCAGACACGCAGAAGAUCAUCAAUUGGCUCAGCCCACUGUCUUUUCGCGCCAGGCAUCUCAGUGUUCUGGAGAGCGUGCAGCCUGGGACUGGCACCUGGUUGUUGAAACAUGAGAGAUUCCGUAGCUGGGUGAAUGGCAACACUGGAACUCUCUGGUGUCCAGGCAUACCUGGA